AUGGAGAUCGGAUCAUCAGAUCAGUCGCUCUCUUCGAUUUUCCCUAGCUGGGUGGUCGUAGACCAGGAUAUCUGCCGCAAGGCGUUUGCCUCCUUCCGCCCCGGCGACCCUACCUCCGCGAAGACCUACGCCAGCAACGGUGAGGUCGUCCGCGUCUCUUUCACCCUGCGCCCACUGCCGGGUGCCUCCCGCCUCUGCGUCCACUUGCCGAAGGGUCGCAAGCUGUCCGGCUUCGACAGCGUCGUGGCGGCGCACGGCAACGCCGUACUUUUCCGUCUCGAGAUCGACUUCAACGGACUCCCCUCAUCGUGCUCCGCGAUCGACCACUUCAUCUACUGGGCCAGCCCUCGCGGUCCCAGGAUCUCACUGCUCCCACGUUGGUACUCGACCGAGGAUGAGAUAGAGGCAGCUGAGCGAUGGCUAUCUGGCGAGAGUGAGCCUGGUUCCAGUUUCACAAUCACCAUCUCGAUGCUGCACGGUGACUACGAUGAUAUGCAGUGGGUGACAGAUACCACAAUUCAAGCUGCUAACCUCUGGGAUAUGGAGGGUUAUGAUGAUCAGCUUCCACGCGUUGUGCUGCAAUUCCCUCUGGAGAGGCGCACAGUUUCUAGUGCAAAGGCAUGGGUGGUUGCUCUUAACAUAGAUAGCAGCAAGGUUUUAUGGUAUAAGGAUAUCAAAGCCAUCCCUUCUGAUGAGGACACUGAAAUGGCCCCUGGCAACAUCUUCUGCAAUUUGCCUUUCUUUCCUACUGAGUUCACCAAGCAUCUGCAGAAGGCUGCCGUAAGCAUUGUCAUGUUGAAAGGAAACACUAAAUUCAAUAUACAUGUAUAA